AAACGCAACGCGUGUUGUUCCAGUGCAUUGAUAGUGCAUAAGUAAAUAGUAAUUUAGAUGUGGAUGUUGUGAAUCUCAAACAUACUGUAUUGAAUUACUGUUCUUUUUAAGUGACCUCACAUUUUACCAUCGUAUUUGACAUACAGGUGUGCCUGGAUUUUGAUCAAAUCUGACAUGGCUUUGAGAACCAAAUCAACCAUGAAUCACUGUAUAUCUCCGUUACAUUUAAAUGGCUGUCUCUCAGUCAUAAUAGCUUCAGAGCUACCACACUGCAGUUACUUGGGUUAACACCGCAGACACAGGGAGUAGCUCCUCCUGCAGACUGAAUAGGUGAACGAGUAGGGUGGUUACGGCCAGAAAUGCUCGAAUGUGACAGUUAAACCGAUGGACCAGUUCCGUGAUGUAUAAAAGCAGCCAAACGCCAAGCGCGCAAUGCUACACCCUCAACAAGACAAUUAAUUGCUGCUAAUCUACACCCAGCGGAUUUGCCAUCAUGGAGACAUCGCCACAGCAUCCUAUAGGUUGCGUCACUGCUGUAAUCGUGAGUGUCUUAAGCUGAUUUCUGUUCGAUCCCGCGUCUGGGUUGUAGAGGAAAGUUCAUACGACGCGUGAAGCAGCAUCGCAGGCUCCUAUGCGCGCAAUAUGAUGACCGCGGAGACACCAUUGGACUGCGCGCCUGAAUGUGCCAUAAGCCUGGGGAGACACUGAACUUUAAACAUCGGCAAAUCCCACUGGUUUCUUUCUCUCCCAAAUGAGAGGAAACAAUGGACUAUUAUCUGUAAACUAGGUUUAAUCUUUUUCUCACAAGGGACAUUUUCUUCUCGUGAACAUAUCGCGCCAGAAGCAAGACUAUGAUGGUGGUCAAAACCUUCAUGUACUUUUCGGCUGUCAUCAUUUCAGGUUAUUCUCAGAUGGUCCAGGUGGAUGACAGUCGCUCAGGUUAUGCUGGCUCUCAGGUGGACCUCAGCUGCCAGUUUGUGAACAGUGACCCCCCGGUCAAGAUCUCCCAGGUCACCUGGCAGAAGUUCGUCAACGGCACCAAGCAGAAUGUGGCCAUCGCCAACCCUGCUCUAGGCGUGUCCGUGCUGCCGCCCUUCAAGGAGCGCGUGCGCUUCAAGAGUCCGGCCGUGCGCAGGCCGACGCCCUCCCUGGAGGACACCACCAUCACCUUCUCCAACCUGCGGCUGACCGACGAGGCCGCCUACAUCUGCGAGUACACCACCUUCCCAGCUGGCAACCGCGAGAACACCGUCAACCUCACCGUUUAUGCUCGCCCUAUGAUCCAAAUGAGCCUAUCUACUCCAACCAUCGUGGCUGGACCAGCCAAUCUGAAGAUGACCGUGGCCACUUGUUUGUCUGCCAACGGAAAACCUGCUGGUGUGAUCACAUGGGACACUGGUCUGGAUGGUGAGGUCAGUAACCAGGAGAUCCGGAACCCUGACGGAACGUUCACAGUGCGCAGUGAUUACAUGAUGGUUCCCACGCGGCAGACCCACAACCAGAAGCUCACGUGCAUUACGUCUUACCACAGCGAGACAUACAGCGACAGUGUGACCCUCAACAUUCAGUAUGAGCCAGAGGUAACUAUUGAGGGAUAUGAUGGCAACUGGUAUCUGAACCGAGAAAGUGUUCAGCUAAUCUGCCAAACUGAUGCUAACCCACCCGUGUCUUUGUAUCAGUGGAGAUUUUUAAAUGGCUCCAUUCCUGAUAAUGUGGAGGUCCGUGACAACAUUUUGCUCUUUAAAGGGCCGGUCACCUACGACCUGGCUGGCACAUACAUGUGUGACGCCACCAACAGCAUCGGAACCCGCUCAGCCGCUAUGGAGGUCAACGUCACAGAGAACCCGCUGCCCCUCAGUGCCUCUGAGAGGAUGAUGAGCGUCCUUGGCUGGGUGGUGGCUCUGGGCAUCAUCCUCGCUGUGGUCUUGGCCAUUUUCAUGGCCAACCGGCAGCAGAAACGGAGCUCCAACACUGAUAGUAACCAGAACAGCUCAUCGCCUGCUCACAAGAAGGCCUCAAAAAAGAGAGGAAAUGAUGACUUCCAGAGUUCUGGAAAAUUCUUUGACGAUCUUCCGAACACGGCUGACUAUGUGAGUUAUCGUUUGGCGUGUCACAAAGAGGACUUUCUGGAGCAGCAUUCUCCCCUCCACCCACCCCUCUCCUUCCUCCCCCAGAACCCCUGUGCCCAGCACGCCAGCGAGAGCUCCGUCUUUAAGUACCCCACCCCGGGCAACAUCCCCCCCUACACCUUCCCUAAGGAGCAGUAUGUGUAACAGGGACGCUACGCCAGACGCAGCGGCAACGCGGCGCUUCAGUUACCCGCCUGGUGUAGCUUCCCUGUAAGUGUACAAGAAGUAUCCCUUCCUUUCACUCUCUUUUAUCUGCUCUCUGCAUCCCUCUCUUUUUCUCUCCCUCCCCCACAUAUAUACAGACAGACAGAUGUAAACAGGUGCGCACAUGCUUGUUCUAUUUCUAUUUCAUUUUUGAUAUUUUACUACCUGUUUUGUUUUUCAUACUUUUGUACACAUUGUUCAUAUUGGGAAUUUAACAGAGAUAAUCUGUUGUUUAUUUUUGGUCAUUUUAAUUUUUUAAGAAACCCCAGCAAUUUUGUGGUGAUUUUGACUUCUUGUGAUAUUUUCAUUGUGAUCCAUUAUAUAUGGAAUUUCCAUGUGAAAGUAGCUUAAGCUUUUUCUAAGACAUAUUGAGGGUGAAAGUACAAGUUGUUUUGUGUCAUGACCUACUGGUAUUGCAAGUAUGCAGACAUGCUUUUCUCAGUCAUGCUUGUUUGAGUACUUUAUCCAUUACAGCAGGUAAUGUUUACACAUUAUGUUAGCAAAUGUACUUUUGUGUAUUCUACAAAUAUAUAAUAUUUAUGACAUAAUUUGCAGAAUUCCUCAAACCUAGAGUACACUUAAACCUACCAGUGGAGCAUUCCAAGGAAAACAUAGUGAAGGCCAUAAUUCCAACAUGAGGAUGUCUCUUGUCAAUACUACUUAUAUCUUAUUUAGAUAAUAUACUAUUUAUAUUAUAUUUUUAUGUGUAUAUCAAAGAAUGUACAGAAAUUGUACCCAUAUAAUCUGUAGUGUUGUUAUAGUAUUGUUUUUGUUUGGGGUUUUUUCUACCAUCAGAUGUGAAAAGAUAAGUAUGGCUGAGAGAAAUCAGUGCUUAAUAAUAGUGUGACUUUAAUAGUGUGGGAGGUGACAUAAGUAGAUAUAUAUGUCAGAACUGUGCCAAUAUUUCAGGCCUGGCACCGUUAAGCUGAAAUGACCAUGAAGGAGGUGUCCAGUCAUCACUGAUCAAUGCAUUUAGUCCUCUGGUGGAAGUUUGUCUAAUGAUUAACCAAUUGUAAAAUUCUAAAAGGGAAAAAAGACAUGAAUACAUAUAGAUAUGCACUCUGUAAACCCAGAGAAGGCAAUACUAUUCAUCAUUACACUGAAACAUUCACAUUGGAUAUUUCUUGUUUUCUGUUUUCUACAUGAAACACUAUUGGAGGUUGUAAAGUAUUUCUGCAGUUUUUAUAAGAGAGUGUAAGGAUUGUGUGAACCUACAAACUUUUUUAAUUGAUAAAAAAAAUCAUAAUUUUGUCCUCCGGCCAAGGAUGCAAAAUUAAUAACUAAUUAAUGUCUUUAGGGAAAUAUAGAAAAAUGUGUUCUUUUCAGUACUGCAGGGCAUUUUUUUUUUAAAAAGAGUGUAUGUUAAUAUAUCUUUAAAUGCCCUGAGCAAUUUUUGAUGAGCGUUUUGGAUAAGAGCUCAAGACAUUGUUUAAAAAUUCUACUUCUUUCAGAAUCGACAUCUAAGGAAAUGAGAAACUAUAUUCAUGGUGUACUACUUGAAAUUAUUAUGCAUUUUUAUAAAUAAAUAUUUUUCUCAGCUUUUUGUCAUUUGCCUUGUAGUAACCUUUAUUGUUUGUGGAUGAGCACAUAUUUUAGACAGUAUCAGAUGGGCUUACUACAUAGCAAAUACUUGUAUAAUCCUCACCAGCUCUAUCUGUGAAU